AAACAUGUCCUGGGUCGAAUGAAAUGUGUGAUUGGUAGAUGGGAAGUGGGGAGAAAUGAAUUUGGUAGCAGUUUAAAAAUUAAUUGUUUGCAAGAUAUAAACAUGUCAACAUAGUCUUCUCCCAUAUCUGAAAUGGUAUAUGUCAGUGCCAAACCAAUCAUGUAUGGAAUUCUUAUUUUGUGGUUAUGUUCCCUACGACUGAGUUAUUGUAUGGUGUCUUAUCAACCAGAACAAAUUCAUCUGUCCUAUGGAGAUACUGUGAAUGAUGUAGUUGUCACAUGGAGCACAGUCAAUGGAACAAAAGAAUCCAUCGUUGAGUAUGGCAUUGGUGGACCUAACUUGACAGCAAAUGGAACCUCCACCCAGUUUGUCAGUGGUGGAAAUGAAAAGAGAAAACAAUAUAUCCACAAAGUGAAAUUGCCAAAUCUGACAUCAGGGACAAAAUACAUGUACCACUGUGGGAGUAAUAAAGGGUGGUCAAAAGAGUUUUGGUUUGUGACCCCACGUAACGACUCUGACUGGAUUCCUCAUUUGGCUGUAUUUGGAGAUCUUGGUAAUGAAAAUGGACGGUCCAUUCCACAACUGCAGGAGGAGGCACAGCGUGGCAUGUAUGAUGCUGUGUUUCACAUUGGUGACUUUGCUUAUGACAUGGAUUGGGAGAAUGGUCGUGUUGGGGAUGACUUCAUGAACAAAAUUCAGCCAAUUGCUGCAUAUGUUCCUUACAUGACAAGCCCUGGAAAUCAUGAGGAAGCCUAUAACUUCAGUGAUUACCGAACACGCUUCACAAUGCCAGGCAACGCAGAGGGCCUGUGGUACAGUUUCAACAUGGGUCCAGUGCAUUUUAUAUCUGUUUCAACUGAAGUGUAUUACUUUUUGGAGUAUGGUCUCAAACUACUUACAAACCAAUAUUCCUGGCUUGAGCAGGAUCUUAAGGAGGCUACAAGCUCAGAAAACCGCACUGUACGACCGUGGAUUAUAAUAUUGGGGCACAGGCCCAUGUAUUGUUCUAAUGACAACACUGAUGAUUGUACCAACCAUGAGACUUGGAGUCGAGUUGGUGUACCUUUCUUGCAUUGGUUUGGUAUGGAAAAGUUGCUGUAUGACUAUGGUGUCGACUUAGCCAUCUGGGCUCAUGAACAUUCAUAUGAACGUUUGUGGCCGUUGUAUAAUUAUAAAGUUCAGAAUGGAAGUUAUGCAGAACCAUAUCACAACCCUCGAGCUCCUGUUCAUAUUAUAACAGGCUCAGCGGGUUGCAGGGAGCUACAUGACCUGUUUGGUGAUCAACCUGAAUGGUCAGCAUAUCGUUCCCUUGAAUAUGGUUACAUGCGUUUGCGUGUUCACAAUGCAUCUCACUUGUAUACAGAACAAGUGGCAGUUGACAAGGGAGGUGAAGUGAUUGAUCAUGUAUGGAUUAUUAGAGAAUCACAUGGACCAUAUGGACAGGAAUGAAUACCUCCAUCUGUUCUGGAGAAUGAUGGAUGCUAAUCAACAGGACAUAUCAUUCGAGGGGUUUAUAAAGGGCUUUAAGGUGAGCUGGGAACAUAUCUUUGCAAUUUAUAUACGUUAUUGGCCCAGCUGGGACCUUCAUCAUGAAUUUAAAAUGAUAUUUACUUUUAAGUAGUCUAGAUCAGCGGGAGAUAUUGUCAUAUACUGAACUGGGGAUCAGACUGUGUUUGUUGGAAUGUACAGGUUUUCUUUCUUGACAGUCUCCAGCUUAAUCAGUUCAGCAACCACAUAAAAAUAAAAUACAGAAGUCAGAGCAAAGAAGUAGUUGGUUGCUGCAGCAAUGAGAAUGGUUAUGAGGUCAGACAUUUAAUUAACAAGAUUGACGUUUUGUGCAACAGCUGGCAACACUUACCUGUUGGAUUAUAUCACAUCAUAAUUUAGUAGUUUUGUGAUAAAUCGUCACUGAGGAUACAGUUUUUAUUUUGUGGUUACAGUAAAUGUUUUAGUUUUUUGUAAACAUAAUAAUAUGUCUUGUCAGAUUGUUUCGCACAGUCUUUGAAAAAGAAAACAUAUUUUUUUUUAAAGAUAGCAGCUGACACUGAGAUUCAGACCUUCCAGAAUGAUGCAGACACAAAAUACCAAAGCCUCCAGUAUGUAAAUCCAUACUCAUCACUGAAAAAAAGUGUGGAGGUCAAAUUGCAAGAUCAAAAUCAUAUUGAUAUAUUAUCAUUAUUAUUAUUAUACUGCAAUUGGGUAUUCACCCUGUGGCAGUAGAUCUUACACUGAUACAGACAAGGAAGGACUAUAACAUAAAGGGAACAAUGCAAAACAAAGUACAGACAUACAAUAAGCAAGGUACACACAGUGCAAAUCCAAACAUAUAAAGUCAUAAAAGGGCAUGUGCUUGUGUUCGUUUCACUGCACUCGAACAAGGACACUUCACAUUACUUCACUUGUUUCAUUCAGCUCUGCCUAAGGCCUCUGUACUUGCGACAGCUUUCCUAAAUAUCUUUCUAAAAGUGUUUAAUUUACAGGGGAAAGACACUGGUAUGCCUGCAGGUAAAUUGUUCCAAUCCUUUAUGGUCCUAUUUACAAAGGAAUAUUUGCCAACAUCUGUUCUUUGUUUCCUGCUCCUAACUUUCCAACUAUGAUCGUCAGUACUCAGGUAGCAUGGUUUAAGCAGGCUAUCCCCUAUCACUUUCCAAGCCAGUCUCCUGGUGUAUGCCUUGUAGAGGGUGCACAGAUGGGCUAUCACUCUACACUGUGUACCUGAUUUAAAGCGCUAACCUGCCAUUCUCUGUAUGGGUCCCAACACACCGAACCAUAUUCAAGUAUCGGUCUCACUAAUGAUGUAUAAGCUAGAUGUUUCGUGUUAUUAUUGCCCUUUUUCAGUAUAUGCAUUAUUAAAUGAAGAGCCUUCCAUGCUUUUUGUAGUAUAUAGUUUACAUGAUCUGCCUAUCUUAGAUCGCUGCAUAUGAUUAUUCCUAGGUACUUAAAGCUAUUUACCUCCAGAAUUAAUUGAUCCCCAAAAUAAUAUGUCAGUCAGCCCUUCACCAUAGCUUUCGUGAAACUUAUGGCCCUCGUAUAACCAUUCACUCUUUUCCCAAAUUUGUCUUAAAUACCCUGCUAUAACAUGCUCCAUUUGUUUGGAAACCACUGAUGUUAAACUGAUCGGUCUGUAGUUCCCAAUUACUGAUUGAUCUCCCCAUUUGUAAAUAGGGACCACUAUAGCCUUUUUCCAGUCCCCUGGGAUAGUUCUGUUGUUCAUUGUUAUGUCCAGCAAUCUCGCAAGGUACGGAAUCAUGGCUUCUCCACCCAACUUUAAAAUCACCCCAGGAAUAUGUAUAUAUAAUUUAUUUUAUAUAUGAAAGGGUCAUCCAUAAUGAAUUUGUUUUCCAAAACCCUGAAACUGAGCAGGUCUGCAUAGUGAUAAUGCUCUAGAAUUGCAUUCUGGAGCUGUUCAGUUUGAAUCUUGGUUGGGACAAUGGUUAUCCUGAUUGAGGUUUCACAUGGUUUCCUCAGUCCCUCCAGGCAAGUGUUGUGAUAGUGCCUUGAUUAUGCCUCCAUCACUUCCUUUUUUAAUUCUUUCCACUUCAUCAAUCAACCUACCAUUCGACACUGCUUAAUCUAGAUGCUGACAAUAUGUUAAAUAAGCCACAAAAGAAGAGAACAGUGACGCAGGCAUUUCAUCUUCAAGUGCUAGAAGUUUCUGGUAGUUUAUUCACUGUAAAAGACAAAAUCUUUAGCCAGACAAAUGGAUUUUAUAUUAUGACUGCACCUUUCCAUGCAACACUUUUGGUAAGUGAUUUUUGGUCAGAAUCAAAUGCCAUUAUUGGAACAUCCACCUUGAUUUGGCCAUCAUGUGGCUUUUCAUAUUUCAUACUUAAAAAUAUCCUUGAUAAGGUCUCAUCUCGAUGACUUGAAGGCAUCCAAAUUAGUGUGAUAAUAAUAUGGAAAAGGAAUUUGGGAGGCAAGUACUUUGGAGGUGACACAUACAUAAAGGUUAGUGAUUGUAUUUUUUUAAUACAAAAUCAUUCUGUUAUUCAACUGCCAAACCGUAUGUUUGUAAGACCUUAUUAGUAAUUCCUUUCAGAUUUUGCUGUUGAAUGAAGCAUAUGCAGCAAACAAA